UGGUAGCUCAGAAGCUUUCAGCACAUUCCUCGCUUAUCUGUGGGAACGAUCAGCACGAAAACCCUAAAAACGAAUACAAACAUGAAGGUCCAAUUUUCUUUGUUCUUCGCAGUAGUUGUGUUCUUCGUGUCAGUAUACAGUCAGUCUGAGGAUACUCCUCAGGUCUACUGUGGUAGACGACUUGCUCAAACGAUGGCUGUGCUGUGUUAUCAGAAAUAUGACAAGAGAUCAGACUACAACUCCAUCCAUAUGGGCUACGAGCCAGAGUUUAGCUGGCCCUGGCUAUCCCGAAGCCUGGACCGACACACGGACAGGGGCAUGGCCAGAGACAUGGGCCGAGGCAAGAGAGGCAUCAUCGAGGAAUGCUGCCAGAACUCGUGCUCAAUUCCAACACUGCUGAGUUACUGCUAACUGGACAGACUAACGGCAAUGGUUCUAUGAAUAUGGUUUUUGAGUAGUGUUAAGAGCUUUAGGUUAAUUGAGUGUUUGGUAUAUCUUCUUAACAUAAUGUAACAUUUGAUACAAGUCGUUGUCCGCCGCUUCAAAGUUUUAAUACCCAGUAGGAUCUCCGAGGCUCCCGGAGUUUUUGUACUUGUACAAAGGUUGGCCAUCGCCAUCAAACGUGGCAGUGCCGUGUUUGUGAUGGGCACCUUUAACUCGCGGGGCACUGUAUGACUAGAUUAAUUACAUUUCUUGCUGUUUCAGUCACUUUUACUUAAAUACCUUUCAUUUUGGUGCAGUUUUUGUCAGGAAUUGACGUUUUUGAUCAAUGCGGAGUCUAAAUGAGUCGCUUAACUUCAAACUCGGGUAAAACCAACUGUCAGAUUAUGCGAUUUAAUAAAAAGGUAAUAGGGGUAGAUAUUUCCUAAGAGGGUUGAAUGGAUUUAUCCGAUUUUGAAGUAAAGCGACACAAAUUUACGUUGAUGCGAAGGACUAGGAUAGAAGUAAAGAAAACAAAAUUAUAUAUCAAACGUCUUGUACUCAAUUAUUUUCUGUAAAUUUGUCUAUUACCUAUCAUUAAAUUUGUGUUGGAUAAAAUGG